AUGGGAAAAAGAGGCGGUGAGAUUAGUGGUCCAAACAAGGUUCAUGAUGAUUCUAUCGAAAUUCCAGAUACUGCACAUCAAAUCAGUAGCGAUUCAUGGUUGCAAGUGGCAUUUGUGCUCACCAAUGGAGUCAACAGUGCUUUUGUUCUUGGAUAUUCCGGGACAGUCAUGGUUCCCCUGGGCUGGAUAGGGGGUGUAGUUGGUCUGAUUCUUGCUGCUUUGGUGUCACUCUAUGCUAAUGCCCUUAUUGCUAAUAUCCAUGAAUUAGGAGGGACAAGACACAUCAGAUAUAGAGAUCUUGCUGGAUAUGUAUAUGGUAAAAAGGCAUAUAAACUCACAUGGGCUCUUCAGUAUAUCAAUCUUUUUAUGAUAAAUACUGGCUUCAUUAUUUUGGCUGGUUCAGCUUUAAAAGCUACUUAUACCUUGUUUAGGGAUGAUGGUCUGCUGAAGCUUCCAUAUUGUAUUGUUAUAGCUGGUUUUGUGUGUGCAAUGUUUGCAAUUUCUAUUCCUCAUCUUUCAGCUCUUAGAAUUUGGUUGGCAGUUUCAACCGUCUUCGGCUUGGUAUACAUUGCCGUAGCAUCUGUCCUAUCAAUUAAAGAUGGAAUAAAUUCACCACCUCGAGAUUACACCAUUCCUGGAGAAGGGGCAAGUAGGGUAUUUGAAACGAUCGGGGCGUCUGCUAACCUAGUGUUCGCAUAUAACACUGGCAUGCUUCCUGAGAUACAGGCAACAAUUAAACAGCCAGUUAUCAAGAACAUGAUGAAAUCUCUGUACUUUCAGUUUACCGUCGGAGUUAUACCAUUGUACCUUAUUACCUUUUCAGGAUACUGGGCUUAUGGAUCUGACACAGAAACCUAUUUACUGAAUAGUGUGAACGGUCCAGUCUGGGUGAAAGCUUUCGCCAAUAUUUCAGCCUUCCUUCAAUCGGUCAUCGCACUGCAUAUAUUUGCGAGUCCAAUGUAUGAGUAUCUGGAUACUAGACAUGGGAUCAAAGGAAGCGCAAUGAAUAUUAAGAACUUGUCAUAUAGAAUUGCAGUAAGAGGCGGAUACCUGGUAUUUAACACAUUUGUAGCGGCCCUCCUGCCUUUUCUUGGAGAUUUCAUGAGCCUCACGGGAGCGAUCAGCACAUUUCCCCUUACAUUUAUUCUUGCAAACCAUAUGUACAUGGUGGCAAAGAAGAACAAAUUAACAAGUUUACGGAAGCUCUGGCACUGGAUCAACAUUGUUUUCUUUAGCCUCAUGUCUAUUGCAGCAACAGUUGCAGCACUACGGCUUAUUUCUGUAGACUCCAAAACAUACCAUGUCUUCGCAGAUAUUUGA